UGAAUGAAAAAUCAUUUUUUAUUCACAAAAUCAUAACGUUUUUCAACUCAUCUUUGGAUUCAGUGAUCACUGCCUCAGCUUUAGUGACACUCAAGAGGAAUGUCUUCGUCACUGGAAUCCUAUGUCAACCACACCGUUUCGGUGAUCACAGCCGAUGGCCGACAGAUUGUGGGGACUCUGAAAGGCUUCGACCAAACAGUGAAUCCAUUACUGUCAUGUGGGACUCUGAAAGGCUUCGACCAAACAGUGAAUGUCAUAUUAGAUGACAGUCACGAGCCCCACAUGUCGUCACCAGUACCGCACCUUGUCCACCGGGAGCCUGAGAUUGCUGUCAUCGGAGAGAUAGACGAAGAGUUGGACAAUAAUGCUGUCAUCGGAGAGAUAGACGAAGAGUUGGACAAUAAGUUGGAUUUCAGUAUCAUUAAAGCCGAACCAUUGAAUCCAAUCGAUGAUUUGGUGGACUUAUACCGAGAGUUUGCUAAAACUCCGAUCCUGUAUUAUCUCUUUGUGUCCAUAAGUGCUGUCAUCGGAGAGAUAGACGAAGAGUUGGACAAUAAGUUGGAUUUCAGUAUCAUUAAAGCCGAACCAUUGAAUCCAGCUAUCAGUGGCCAACUGUCCAAAGGUCCUAAUGAGAGGCAACUGUCUGUGCGAAUCGAUUGGAAGGUCCGAGACAUGGAUCGACUGGAGGCCACCAUUGUUGGCCAGCCUGUUGGAUUGUCAGCCACUGCGAGAGCACCGGUAACUCAAUACAUGGCAGUCGUGCGAAAGGGUUCCAAAGAUCCCGAGUCAGGGAAACAGAAACAAUGGCUGGAAAUAUGGGAUCAGACUUGGAAAAUGAAGUCCAUUGACAUCAAUGCAAUGGACGAACACUCGGCGCUGGUAUUGGAGCCCACCUUCGGUCGGGUCCAGUGGUCACCAAACGGCAAACAACUACUAUAUGUCGCCGAUUAUAAGCCACCGAAGGCUCAGUCAUACUAUAAGAAAGUGUCGAAAAAGUCGGACAACUCGGUCAAAGAGUCGGACACAAGGGGUCAGGAGUUUGUGUACAGAGAGGAUUGGGGCGAAUGCUUCGAUGGUAUCACUCAUACAGUGAUUGCUGUUCUCGAUGUCGAAAAUGACUUCAAGAUACGUACCAUUGAAAUGCCCGGCUAUUCAUUGGGUCAGCCCUUCUGGACGGACAGUACGGGGAAUACCAUUGGAUUCGUGGGUUUUGUUGAAGAGCCCCGACGUUUAGGAAUAGUAUUCUGUAUGAAUCGCAAGAGUUCUGUAUUCACAGUCGAUUUGAGAGCUGAAAAGUCUGUGCCGGUGAUGGUGUGCGGGUCAGAGCCCACACACAUCUCUAGUCCCCGUCCACUACCCGAU